CUCGGCGCGAGGCGGGCGGACGAGCGAGCGAGCGCCGCGUGCGCGGGCCGGUCGGUCCGUUUCCAUGGUGAUCGCGCGGGGCGGCCGGUACCAGCGGAGCGCCCGACACCCCUCCCUCCCGCCGCGCCCCGUCGGCGGGGGGCCAUGUCCCGCGGGCACUGCCCCCACCUGCUGUGGGACGUGCGGAAGCGGAGCCUGGGGCUGGAGGAGCCCGGCCUGCUGCGGAGGCACUACCUGGGGAGAAGAGAAUUUAUCCAAAGAUUAAAACUUGAAGCAACCUUGAAUGUGCAUGAUGGAUGUGUGAAUACAAUUUGCUGGAAUGAUACAGGAGAAUAUAUUUUAUCUGGUUCAGAUGAUACCAAUCUGGUAAUUAGUAAUCCCUACAGCAGAAAGGUUUUAACAACCAUUCGCUCAGGACACAGGGCCAAUAUUUUUAGUGCAAAAUUCUUACCAUGCACCAAUGACAAACAGAUUGUAUCUUGUUCCGGAGAUGGAGUCAUUUUUUACACUAAUGUUGAACAAGAUGCGGAGACCAACAGACAAUGCCAGUAUACGUGCCACUAUGGAACUACCUAUGAGAUUAUGACAGUACCAAAUGAUCCCUAUACUUUCCUCUCUUGUGGUGAAGAUGGCACUGUAAGAUGGUUUGAUACUCGAAUCAAAACAAGUUGCACAAAGGAAGAUUGUAAAGAUGAUAUUUUAAUAAACUGUCGGCGUGCUGCGACUUCUGUUGCUAUCUGUCCACCAAUCCCAUACUAUCUGGCUGUGGGUUGUUCUGAUAGCUCAGUAAGAAUAUAUGAUCGGCGAAUGCUUGGUACAAGAGCAACAGGGAAUUAUGCUGGUAGAGGCACUGUUGGAAUGGUGGCACGGUUUGUUCCUCCUCAUCUCAAUAACAAAUCCUGCAGAGUAACGUCUCUAUGUUAUAGUGAAGAUGGUCAAGAGAUCCUUGUUAGCUACUCUUCAGAUUACAUAUACUUGUUUGAUCCCAAGGAUGACACAGCACGAGAACUUAAAGUUCCUUCUGCUGAAGAGAGACGGGAAGAGUUACGGCAACCUCCUGUUAAACGUUUGCGGCUAAGAGGGGACUGGUCAGAUACUGGACCAAGAGCAAGGCCUGAGAGUGAACGAGAAAGAGAUGGGGAGCAAAGUCCUAAUGUCUCUCUAAUGCAAAGGAUGUCAGACAUGCUGUCAAGAUGGUUUGAAGAAGCUAGUGAAGUUGCACAAAGCAAUCGAGGACGAGGAAGAUCACGGUCCAGAGGUGGGACUAAUCGGACAGAUGCUCCUGCUACUAGUAACGUGCCACCUAGUACAGAAUCAGAAACUGCAAUGGAAGUAGAUGGUUCUGAACAACUUCCAUCAUCAUCAUCUUCUACAAUGUCAGCCCAAGCUCCUUCAACAUCAUCUUCAACAGAAAGUCCCCCUUCAACUUCAUUAUUGUCCUCUCCUGAUAGUGAACAAAGGCCUUCUUUAGGGGCCUCAGCUCAACCUGUGCUCCAUCAGUCUGAGUUAAUGGGACCUGAGUUAGCUAUAAUCCGUAGGGGUCUACAGCGACUGAGGCUUAAGAAGGCAGAACAACAGAGACAGCGAGAGCUAGCUGAGGGUUCAGCGCCACAGUCGUCCUCCUCUGAUCAGUCCUCCUCUAAGGGCUCCUCACAGGACCCUCAGACAUCAGAUUCUCCUUCUUCUGUGGUUAACAAACAGCUUGGAUCCAUGUCACUUGAUGAGCAACAGGAGAGUGAUAAGCCACGAACAGGAACAGGUGAACCAGUUUUAAGUUUGCACUACAGUACAGAAGGAACGACUACAAGCACGAUAAAACUGGACUUCACUGAUGAGUGGAGCAGCACAAAUUCAAGCUCUAGAGGGAGCGGAAGUCAUUGCAAAACUGAAGGCCAAGAAGACUCUGUAAAAACAAAAGCCUCAGAAGAGUCAGGGCCUGAAGAUGAAGAAACAAGAGUUCCUGAUGAAUCUUACAAGGAAGAUGCAAGUGCUGAAGAACUGAAAACUACAGAUGAAACAGUGGAGACGACAGAAGCAACUGUAUCAGAUAAACCCAGUCCUGAUCAUUCUGGAAUCCAACCAGAAGAAAAUGGUCGCAAUGUUGACGCUGUGUCUGGAAAUGUAGAGGAAGAAGCCUCCUGUGAAAAAAGUGCUAAUCAAGAAAUUUCAAGUCAAAGUGCUGAAUUCACUGCCAACUCUCUUGCUGCAAACAAUGAACCUCAGCCACACCCAGAAUCCUCAGGGCUUGCAACUCCAGAUGAGUCCUCUACCAGGACCUCAGCUCUCCAAGAAACUGAUGAUAGUGAUGAUGAUCCUGUUCUGAUCCCAGGGGCAAGGUAUCGAGGAGGACCAGGACACAGAUAUAAUAUCAGAGGAACAGCGAUAGGUGAUAGAAUAAUGAGACGAUCUGCUGUUGCCCGCAUUCAGGAGCUCUUCAGAAGGAGGAAAGAAAGAAAAGAAAUGGAAGAACUGGAAACGUUGAAUAUUAGACGUCCUUUAAUAAAGAUGGUUUAUAAAGGUCAUCGGAACUCCCGAACAAUGAUAAAGGAAGCCAAUUUUUGGGGAUCUAACUUUGUCAUGAGUGGUUCAGACUGUGGCCAUAUUUUUAUAUGGGACCGACAUACUGCUGAACAUCUCAUGCUUCUGGAAGCUGAUAAUCAUGUGGUGAACUGUCUUCAGCCUCAUCCAUUUGACCCAAUUCUGGCCUCUUCGGGUAUUGAUUAUGAUAUAAAAAUAUGGUCGCCAUUGGAAGAAUCCAAGAUUUUUAACAGAAAACUUGCAGAUGAGGUUAUAACACGUAAUGAAUUAAUGCUGGAAGAGACCAGAAACACUAUUACUGUUCCAGCUUCAUUUAUGUUACGAAUGUUGGCUUCGUUGAAUCAUAUAAGAGCAGGUGAGAGACUUCUGAAGAGCUUCUCUGCCUGGCAGCAGCUGCUGCUCCUCCUUCACCUCUCGCUGAUCUAUGACAAUUAGAGAGCCAGGAGGAUGCCACUGUGUCCAGCCCAGUGGUAUGCAUUGCCACUGCUGUAACUGAAUAUAUUAGUUUGGUUUUUUCUUCAUUUGUUAUGAUUUCUUUGGAGUAAAAUACUCAAAGAACUGCCCAACACUUGAAUUACAACAGUUUCAGCAAAAAUCUGUGUUAUGGCCGGGUGGAGUAUUUCUUAACCUGACAGUGCACAUUGGUUGAGUGAUCGAUCUGGAGUCAUUCACAUUCCCUCACACAUUUCUGUAUUUGCCUUUCUCUAAACAUUUACACCAAAAGGUACUUUUUCUGUAUAUACAGUGACAGAUAGUGAUUCCUGUUUUCUGGAGUAUACAGAUUUCUAACUGCAGCUAUUCUAGUUUUAGCUCCCCAGAACAGUGUUUCAACCCCUUGUAUUCACCAUCUCUUUUUUUAUAUUAUGCUUGCAUUCAUCUUUCCUGUGCUGACAGCCAGUCAGCAGCUACAAGGUUUCUCCUUUUUGUACACAAAUUUCACUUUUAUGCCUGGAAAUCCUUUAGGGCUUUUCUCCUGUUCUCCUUUCUUGUGGUAACAUUUCUACCCAAUCUCUGCUGUCAGUCCAUAUGGAUUUCCUUUUACUGUAUAACCCACAGUCACUGUGUGUUGUGUAAUAGCCCAGGGAGAUAGUACACUAUAAAUAUUUGCCAAAACCUGAAAACUUUAGAAUUUCUCUUU